GUAUUUCAUUGUGUUAUUAAAUGGGUAAAACAUGAUUUAGAUCAGAGAAAAAAUGUUUUGCCACAACUAAUGGAACAUGUACGAUUGCCAUUAUUAAGGCCUGAUAUUUUAGAUAAUGUGGUGGAAGAACCUCUUCUGAAUAAUUGUCCUAAAUGUAGAGAUUAUGUAUUUGAAGCUAUGCGUUUUCAUCUAAAAAAAUCAGUUCAGCAAUUCACCAUGCCAAAAACAAUUAGUUGUAAACCUAGACAAUUUGGUGGUUCUCAAAAAGUUAUCCUAAUGUUCAAUCAGUCUGAUACAUUUCCAAAGUGUUAUACAGAAUGGUAUGACCCAGUAAAAAAUCUACGAGAGAAUGCACCAGGGAUAAAUGAUUGUCGUCGGUCAGCUGGUCUUGGAAUAAUAAGAAAUAAAUUUGUGUUUUCUGUGGGCGGUAAAUCUAAAUCUGUUUUUAUGCUUGAUGUAUCUUUAAAAUCACCAUCUUGGGUUCAAAUGGUCAACAUGUUGGUUAGUCGAGAUUGGUUAGGAGUCGGAGUAUUAGGUGAUUUCAUAUAUGCUGUUGGUGGACGUGACGGCUACCGUAAUACUGUAGAUAGUGUAGAGGUCUUUGAUGUCAAUAUUCAAAAAUGGAAAAUGGUUUCGAGUAUGUCAAUUGAGAGAAGUAGUGUUGGUGUUGGUGUACUCAAUAAUCAUUUAAUACGCG